AUGGCCGACACCCUCCCCCUCUCAGGUCGGAUAGCCAUCAUCACUGGCACUGCUUGCGGCAUGGGCCUCGGUGUCGCCGUCCACCUUGCCUCCCUCGGUGCCUUCCUCGUUCUCGGCGAUUGCUCCGACUCCCCCCAUUUAGAACAACUUGUCACCAAGCUCAAUGCCUCCAUUGAUCUCCCACCUCGCGCCAUUGCCCUCCUCGUGGACAUCUAUGUCGGUGUCGUCAAAUCGCUCUUCGACGCGGUAGAAUCCACCUUUGGCGGACGCGCUCACAUCAUCGUCACCUGCGCCGCUAUCUGCGACUACGACUACCCAUUCCUGGCUGAAACCUCCGAAGAGGUAUGGGACCACACGUUGGUCGUCAAUGCCCGAGGGAGCUUCCUUUGCUGCUGA